AUGGAUCAGGAGUGGUCUGAGUCUCACUGGAAGUCGAAUUACUUACACUUCUCUCUGAUUUAGUAAUCUCCAAUUAAAAAUUUUUCCAUAUAAUUGUUCAGUUUGGGAACAAGUUGGUAAGGUAAGAGCAAAUUACUUUGAGGUUCUGUGACAGAGUGGUGGCGGUGGUACCAUGGGAAGGAAAAUGGAAUGGGCGGCAAGGGGCGAUCACAUGGGAGGUUUUCCGAGGAAAAUGGUUUUCAUGGCAGUAGGGGCAUUCGCCAAAUUAGUCGCCACUUUUCUCAACACAACCUCCGUUCAUAAUGCCCAUAACCUCAUUUCUCUUGUUCAAUCUCGGCCGCCUGGCGUACCCCUUAUUACUGUUAGUAAUCACAUGUCCACGUUGGAUGAUCCAGUUAUGUGGGGAUUCAAGGGUUUUCCCACCUUGGAUGCAGACUUGGGUCGAUGGGUACUCGCGGCUGAAGACAUUUGUUUCAAAAACGCCCUGCUCUCCUAUUUUUUCCGCCUUGGAAAAUGCAUACCUAUUUCAAGAGGUGGUGGAAUUUAUCAAGAUCACAUGAAUGAAGCUCUUGAGCGCUUAAGUGAUGGAGCUUGGCUACAUACAUUUCCUGAAGGAAAAGUAUCCCAACAAGACGUGCCUAUUCGAAGAUUAAAAUGGGGAACUGCUAGCCUUAUUGUUCGUGCACCAGUGACCCCAAUAGUUUUGCCAAUUAUUCACCGUGGUUUUGAGAAGAUAAUGCCUGAAAACUUGUUCCUCGACAGAAGGCCUCCAUUUCCAUUAUGUCGGCCCCCUUGCUCUCGUGGACCGAACGGAGCAGCGGAGAGAUAUCUCUACACAACUGUUUCAGAACAUAUUCAAAAUGCCAUGGAGAACUUACGGAGUUUUGGGAAAAGUUUUGCCAGGUAGAUUGUGGAAAAUCUAGGGAUCAUAAUAAGAUAUGAAAUGGUGGUUCUUUCUUCUGAUGCUGUUCAAGCUCUGAAAUUUAUUUAAAGCUGCUUUGAUUGAGGAAGCAUGGGCCAGAGUCCUGUAACUCGUUUGAGCCCUCAGAAAUUUUGGAAUCCGCACAAUGUGAUCUGCAUUUUUGUUAAGGUCAUCUUUUUACAUUAAGCGUUGCAACGGCAGUUGAUGAUACAAACUAGAAAUAGGCAUAACAAGUUUGAUUUUGAACGAAUUUCUCUUGAUUAUGUUUAAUAUAAUUAUUCUUUGAUUAGUUUCUAAUGGUAUGAUAUUUGCAUUACUUA